CCUUGUCCUCCAGCUUAUCCUUCGCGUCCGCCGCAACCGGCAGCAGCGCUGCCGCCGCGUCCUCUGCCGCCGCCCGCUCUUCCCACGGAUGUGAUCUUCGUGGUGGGAAGCUAAGUUUUUAAACUACCCCAAUGGAUGCAGACAGUGAUGUUGCACUGGACAUUCUAAUUACAAAUGUAGUCUGUGUUUUUAGAACAAGAUGCCAUUUGAACUUAAGGAAGAUUGCUUUGGAGGGAGCAAAUGUAAUUUAUAAGCGUGACGUUGGAAAAGUAUUAAUGAAGCUUAGAAAGCCUAGAAUUACAGCUACGAUUUGGUCCUCAGGAAAAAUUAUUUGCACUGGAGCAACAAGUGAAGAAGAAGCUAAAUUUGGUGCCAGACGUUUAGCCCGCAGUCUCCAGAAACUAGGAUUUCAGGUAAUAUUUACAGAUUUUAAGGUUGUUAACGUUUUGGCAGUAUGUAACAUGCCAUUUGAAAUACGUUUGCCAGAAUUCACAAAGAACAAUAGACCUCAUGCCAGUUACGAACCUGAACUUCAUCCUGCUGUGUGUUAUCGGAUAAAAUCUCUAAGAGCUACAUUACAGAUUUUUUCAACAGGAAGUAUCACAGUAACAGGGCCCAAUGUAAAGGCCGUCGCUACUGCUGUGGAACAGGUAUACCCAUUUGUGUUUGAAAGCAGGAAAGAAAUUUUAUAAGUCAUCACGUAAUUGGUUAGAAUCCCAAACUGAGCACCUUUUAAAACCUGCUGCACAUUGGACUCAAAACAAAAGGAAAACUGGACCAACAGUAAUUGAGGAAAUAGACUCUUUUAUUCAUUCACGGCUACAGUGUAAGCUCCAGUCCCUUUGGAUUUUAUUUCAAACCUUGCUGUAAUAUAAAAAGGAAGUUUACAAGACAUGACAUUGCUGCUUUUACAAAAGGACAUUCUAUUUAUUUUCGCAGUAAUUUCAUGUCCCCACGAGCAGAGCUGUCACAGUGUGCACUACCUUAAAGUGUUUUGUUGUUGUCAUUAUUUUUUUCCAGUUUGAGCUGAUGUGUUUUAUUUGUGAGUAGUCUUUUACAUUUUUGUAUGCUGAAUAUGGGCACCAAAGAACCUGUAAAAGUUAUCUUUUUCAAUUGAAUGU